UAAUGUGUUAUGUGUGCUGUAAGGAGCUGAAGGGUUGGUGCAAGUCAUUUACUCGGACUGAGGGACUCCUCACCAUCCUAGAGGCUGUCCUCCUCAUUGUGUUUAUUGGGUUUUUUGUGUUUUUGGUUCUACACUUUGUGGCUUGCCAAAUUCAUUUUGAAGUUUUGAAUACUGAAUUUGGAGAUGUCACAGUGCCCACUGUGACGACGACUGCCAGCCCUAUCGUGACCAGCCCUAUUGUAACCAGCACUCUGUCGCCAGACGUGGAGUGUACGUGGGAACCCUCUCAGAAAACGACUGCGCACACGCGACACUAUGUCACUGACAGCUACACUGCGGAUGUUGGCCACUACACCCGGCGCAUAAGCACCACUCCAUUUGACGAGACGCUGAAGCCGCUACAUUACUAUGACGAUGACGAAUUUUUAGAAAAUUCUAACGGCGAGUCUGCCAGCGAUAUAUAUAAGAACCAGGUAGUAGCCCUGGUCAAAUUUAAACCUCCCGGGGAUGUAACUUUCGGCUGCAUUUUAACAAAGAUUACACAAUUUUGGACAUUGACUGCUGCUAGUUGUAUCGCUUCCAUCGAGGAAGUGGACUCGCUGGACUCGUUUAUUAUGAUAGAACAGUUCGGCGAGGCGGAGCAGUCGCGGCCGCGCGGCGUGGCGGCCGUGCGCCUGCACCCGCGCUACCAGGGACACUCGCGCGCGCACGACCUGGCCGCGCUGCGCUCGGCGCGCGCACUGCGCGCACGUGCUCCUCUUCUAAGCCUGCCGCGCAUGAUCGACUACUUCCUCGUGGCUCUGGGGGAGAGGCUCCUCAUUCUUGGUUACGGAGGAUACAGGACAGUGGAUAAAACAGAAGUGCGACGAUUGCGUCAAGUAUCAGUGUUCGUGACGGCGACUGCAGCAUGCGGGGGAGAGGGCGCGGCAGGCUGGGCGCAGCGCCACCUGACGCGCGGGGCCGCGGUGGCGGAGCGCGCGGCGUCCAACGCGGCGCCGUUGUGCGCGGGGGCGCUCUGGGCGCGGGGCGCGGCCUGCAACUACUGCGCGGGGGCGCCGCUAGUGCGCGGGGGCGCGCUGCUGGGCAUCAUGAGCGACAACAGCGACUGCGGCGUCACCUGCGAGCCCCAGCUCUACGUAAACCUCGCCGCACUGCGGGACUGGAUCGAUAACUUUGUCGACUAAUUAUUUAAAAUAAAUUUUUACAUUAAUUUUAAACGCCUUAUUUGUAAUUUAACCUUUUAUUUGUAAAUAAAUGUUUAAAAUAAUAUACCAACUAAAUUAUUAAAUAAAGGCAAGUUGUUAUCAUUUGUUGACCACAUAGCUGUUGCAGAUUUGUUCCAAGUAUUUAUUGGUGUACAUAAUAUAAGUGAUACAACAAGACAUACAGUAGACAUAUAGCUAUCCCCCAAGACGCGGGGCCCUGAACAUUUGCUGCCUCCUGCUACAUGCACAUGGCUAAUCGGACACUGUCCACGUGUCGUUUUUACAAACAUUAAAGAUACAAUAAAUUUCUAUGUUCCAGUUUUUUUAUGCUUAAUUGUCAGUUUGUAACAUUUUAUCCGGAAUAUUCAAUUAUCGUCGUCGUCAGGAAAGGAAUAAUUUUUUUACCCCUGUGUCUUGAUAACAUUGAUAUGGUAGUGUUAUCAUAAUGUAAUGCAAAGCCAGGAAAUUAUUAAAUUAAUGUAACUAGUACUAGUACUUAGUACUUACAUGAGAUGUGGAUCUGUGAGUACCUAACGGAAAUGUUUCCAGCUUACAAGGCAUUCUUUUUAUUUUACGGUUUUAACUCGAUACUGAAAGAGACCAAUGCAUUUCCUUUAGUCGUGGCAUGGAAACCAUCCUAGUCUACUCGUUCUUUUAAUUUCUUAACAACUACAAAAAUUGAAUUUCAGCUCUUGGCACCAAUCUCGGCAGUUUCAUUGAUAAAACAAAUAUCAUACAUAUCUUAUCCCGCAAUGAUCGACAUGUUGUAGAAACAUUUUAUGUUGCAAAUCUCUUAUCUCCGUGUUUCGUUUGAUCCGUGACUUUUUGGCCACUUUAUAUAUGUCAAUAAUAAUCUUCCUAUCAUAUAAAUAUAUAUUGCACCUGUGUCUCCUCUGGUGUUACGGGUGUUCAUGGGCGGCGCUGAUCGCUCACCAUCAGGUGACUCGUUUGCUCGGUAAAAAGGUAGACCAUCCGAAUGUAUUAUUCGACGUAAGCGCGAUUUAGAGCGAGGGCCCAAUUGUCCGUUGCGCUGUGUUGGCCUCGGUGUCACCGCAACGGAACAGCUCAUUGUACGCCCCACCAGGGCUGCCACGACGCACGACGUCACAGAGACAAACAUGAUGACAAUGGACAAAUGGUCAAACGGGGCCUCACUCUAAACGACAUUGAACAUUAGCAUCUUUGGCUCAAACCCAAGGACGUUGAAAUAAUAAAACCUUUUUUUCAACGUCCUUGCUCGAACCCCGAAUCCCGGAUCGGGAAACACUGGCAAACAGCACGGAGCGCGGGCAUAGACUAGCUGGCACCUCUGGAAUGACACUUGAGUGACUUUUCCGUUCAGUUGGUUCAAGCGAUGUUGUGUGUUCACAACGGUUCGUACGCGGCGAUAUCUGUCUCGAGUCUAUAGUGUGUCCCAACAAGGGAUUGUUGAUCAUAUCCUUGAUUAUGGCGAUAUUCGUCGUGUGCACUCUCGGCACCGCCAUCCUCCAGAUAAUAGGCGCUGCGGAGGGAAAAAUGGAAAACGAAUUCAUAGAUGAGCAUCCUGAAGAUGAAACAGAAGAAAAUAUCCCCGAGACGAGCGAGGCGCCCCCUACCAAGCAGACAGAAGUAUCGCCGCGGCCCCCGAGCGCGCUCUCCAUCCCCAUCAUCUCCCUGCUGGCAGGCCGGCCGCGCCCACGCCGGGGCCCCGCGGACCAGACACCGACACCUUGACGACAUAACAUAGUAACAUAUCUCAUCCAAACCUCCUCGGUACCUAUACGGUAAACCGGAAUCAAAGCCUGCUUUUAUGUGACGUGCACUUCAUAAUGUCCACUCGAUACUCAACUGUAUAAGGCCUUCGGCAUACGGCGGUCGCACCGACUCCACACAGUGUUGGACGACAUCACAAACAUAAAGUAAUUGAAAUGAAACAUUCCAUAAGCAUAACAUAAACAUUUUAUUAAAUAUUUUCCAUAUGUUU